UCGGAAUUAUGAGAGCGUGAAGCUUAAAAAAGCAUAAUAUCGAAGAACUUAUUUGAAUCUUUGUUUAUUGUAAAAACUUAUUUCUAUUUCAAUCGCAAAUUUUAAUUAGCGAAGGUGAACCGAACUCUACCUGAACGGCCAAUUUAACUAUAAAAGCAGUAACAAUUUUCAGGUGAGGAAGAAAUCUUUGCUUUUCUAAUUAGAUCCAUGAGACAUCUGCAUCAUGACAGGGGUUCAGCCAAUGCCCUGUCCAGUGCUCCUCGGCACAGUAAAAGGUGGAGGUUUAUCAGCUCUUCUUCACAGAUACACAAUUGAGAAAAAAGUAGCAAAAGUGGAGAAUGUGCUCAAAAAAGGUGUGGGAGUUGACAGCAUGAAUCACCUUGGACAGACACCACUCUUUUGUGCGUCUCUCCUUGGCUUUGCCAGUGUAGCAGAGAAACUUCUACAGUAUGGGGCAAACCCAAAUCACCGCUGUAAUGAUGGAAGUACCCCCGUUCAUGCUGCAGUUUUCUCUUGUAAUCCCUGGCUGCUGAGUUCACUGCUGGAUUCUGGCGGCGACCUGCGUCUCCAUGAUGACCAGGGCCGGAUGCCGAAGGACUGGGCUAAGGCAGGUGCUCAGGAGAACAGUCCGAAGAUACUUGCUUUUCUGAAGAGAUGUGAGUCUCAAAUGCAGACCUUGCUGCAAACCCAUUCGUCCAGGGAUGCGCGUACCACCCCAACCUCCUCAAAGACACUGCUCAGCUCUCCAUCCCUGCUUAAGCUUUUGCGACCUUGGGCAUCUGGGCUCACUCAUGAAGAUAAAAUAAAUCAUAAGAUGUCUGCCUGUGUUAUGACGAUGCAGUGUUUUGGCUAUGGAAAGUUAUACUCUGAGAGGCCAGAGUUGGGUCUGGGACUGGCUGCUUCUGUGCCCUUGAUAAGUGAAAGUGAUUUAACUCAAGCUAACGAUGAGCUUCUUAAUUCCUUUAUGUGCGGAUCUUUCAUACGUAUGACCAAUUGCAGUUGGAAAGGAUGUCGUGUCACUGUUAAAGAGCUGCAUGAUCAGAUUGUGCAACAAUAUGAAGAACGUGAUGGUCUCCUGGAUCUGCUCAUUUCUGAGCAGGAGUAUUGCUGGUAGG